AUGGACUCCUUUGUCUACAAAAUACGGUGCAACGGUGAGGACUGUAAUUAUGUUGGAGAAACAGGACACAAAUUGCAGACCCGUCUACAAGAACACAAAGCGGCGGCCCGGAGACAUGACUCAAUCUCUCAGCUUGCAACCCAUAUUGGAGAAACUGGUCACAACUUCGAUAUUCAAGAGGCGACCACUGUGGGCCGGGGAACCCCAAAAGGGGAAAGACUGAUGCUUGAGUCAUGGAACGCAGAAGCCAACUCUGUCAACAGGCAUCUAGACCUCCCCGCGGCCUACCGGGUCCUACGCCAUUACAUUAUUAAAGGAGGCGAUCUGGUCAAACCGAGCAAGGCUUUGCAAACAAAGACGGCCCCGUAUCGAAACCACCGGAAGAGGGAGCAGGCUUACAGCAUCCUCUACCGUGGGGACGGAACACAACACUAA